AAAAUUCCUUGUAACAUGGCUUCAUCAUAUUUUUCUUUUCAAUAUAUAAGUCACUGCAAUGGAUGAUGGUCAACAUGAUGUUCCUCCUGGGAAUGAAGCACAGAAUGUCAGAAUGAACAAUCCAGAGCAUCUUGGGAACAAUGUUGGUGCUGAUGAGGAUAUGGGUGACGCUCCUGCUGCUGCUGCUCGUGCCAAUGAUGUGAUGGUCAUUGAUGAUCAUAAUUUCAUUGGUGCAAAUGAUGACAUUGAUGAUGACCCUGAUAUUGUGGAGGAAAAUGAUACUGAAGAUGAUGAUGAUGAUGAUGGUCUAGCUGAUCAGAUUGAGCAACACAUCCUAUUCCACGACCUGGUUGAUGCUGACCGCCCUCAUCCAGCGCCUUUGGCACGAGACAACAAUCCUGGGCCAGUGCUUUCACUGGGUAAUGGCCAGGGACGUUUGCUUCUGCGACAUGCAAGCCAAAACAGCUUGGAUGAGAGUUCUCAGCGCAACCUUCCUCGUAAUGAUGGAAGCCACUCCAAUCCUCCCUUCACCAAUGGACAGCAUUUUCAAAGAGCUUUUGAUGUUUUUAAUGUUAUGAGAAGUGGGAAGACCUUGUGUGACGUGGUGCUGAUUGCUGGAGACGUUGAGGUUUCAGCUCACAAGACAGUACUGGCUGCAUGCAGUCCAUACUUUAUGGCCAUGUUUACUAGUUUCGAGGAGAGUCGGAAAGAACGAAUAGUCUUGCAAGAAAUUGACGGUGCAGCUCUUGAGCUUGUCAUAGAUUAUAUCUACUCGGCUGACAUCUCCGUCACCGAGGAUAAUGUCCAGGUUUUGCUGCCUGCUGCCAACAUCCUGCAGCUAACGUUUGUGCGGGACUCUUGCUGCGAGUUCCUGAUGUCCCAACUGCACCCCACAAACUGCCUCGGCAUACGCGCCUUUGCCGACCUCCACGGCUGCCUGGAGCUAUGUGAGCGUUGUAAUGAUUACUAUCAAGAAGAUAUCAGGGAGGUGGUGGACUGUGAAGAGUUCCUCAGCCUCUCCCACGACCAAGUUGUACGCCUCAUAUCCAGCGACCGACUGCAGACUCCUGCUGAAGAGAAGGUGUUUGAGUGCGUGAUGGCGUGGGUGCAACACGACGUAGCAACACGUCACCAACACGUCGCGGAGCUGAUGGCGUUUGUGCGUCUACCGCUGCUGCAGCAGGACUACCUCGUGCAGAGGGUGGAGCGUGAACCACUGCUUAACAGCAACAUAAAGUGCAAGGAUUACCUCAUUGAGGCGCUGAAGUAUCACCUGCUGAGCUCUGAACAACGCUUGCAGUUCAAGACUCCUAGGACAAAACCCAGACAACCUGUUGGUGUUCCAAAAGUGCUGCUGGUGGUUGGAGGGCAGUCACCGAAGGCGGUGCGCAGCGUUGAGUGCUACGACUUCAAAACAGAGAAGUGGUCGCCCGUGGCGGAGAUGCCGACAAGGCGAUGCCGAUGCGGGCUGGCGGUAGUAGAGGGCCGCGUGUACGCCGUGGGCGGCUUCAACGGGUCCUUGCGCGUGCGCACCGUCGACGUCUACGACCCCGCGUCCAACACUUGGUCAGGCUGUGCCAACAUGGAGGCUCGACGCAGCACCUUGGGCGUUGCUACCAUCAGCGGCAAAAUAUAUGCUGUGGGAGGUUUUGAUGGCUCAACAGGGCUGAACAGCGCUGAGGUCUACGACCCAAAGAAGUCCGAAUGGCGAAUGAUUGCACCCAUGACGACACGACGCUCUUCUGUGGGCGUCGGCGUCCUGCAGGGCAAGCUUUAUGCGGUUGGCGGGUACGAUGGCGCCUCAAGACAGUGCCUGUCUGGCGUUGAGAGAUACUGUCCUGAGACGGACGUAUGGACCCCCGUCGCUCAAAUGAUAGCGAGACGAAGCGGUGCCGGCAUUGGUGUGAUAGACAACGAGCUGUAUGCCGUUGGAGGGCAUGACGGUCCCCUCGUGCGCAACAGCGUCGAGGUCUUCAAUCCAGACACCAACAAGUGGCGGUUGGUCGCUGACAUGAACCUAUGCAGGAGAAACGCUGGUGUGAUCGCCGUGGACGGGCUGCUGUACGUAGUUGGGGGUGACGAUGGCACAUGUAACCUCACCUCAGUUGAAGUCUACGACCCAUCCUCCGACACGUGGACGCUCCUCGCUGCCAGCCUCUCUAUUGGGCGGUCGUACGCGGGGCUCGCAGUAGUAGAGAAACCCGUCGCGCAUUCCUCCUAAGCUGUUAUCUAUUAUAGUUAUAUUAUUCUUUAAUCCUUUGUUUAUUGACGAGAACUGUUGGGUUACUCUCGACACGUCCUCUUAAUCUAAUCGCAGUAUAUUAUUCUUUAACCCUUUGUCUACUGACGGUGACUCUCGAUACGUGCCUCUUACUCUCCUCAUCACAGUUGACGACAGUCGACAGUUUACCUAACCUGUCCACUGACGGUAAUUCUCCAUCCAGGCCUCUUAAUCGACUCUUCUUAGUUCAAUUUUAGCCCUCUACUUACUAACAGUAACUCUCAAUGCCAAAUAUUUAGGAAAGAAUAGCAUUGUCGAUCGUCCGUCUUACCUUAGACAAAGGGUUAAAGUCUUAUAUUAUUAUUUUAAAUGACCGCACCUGGAAGAACUUCUCAGAAUCCGUCUUA